UUACGAAAGUACGAUGCUUUACAGAAAGAUUCAUUGAAUCAAAGUGCAUUAGAAUUUCGAAUCAACAACAAAUUUUUGGAAUUGUCACGAAAUUUACAAGGAAGAUAUUAUUGAAUUUUAACAUACUAAAAAUCUAAAAUGGAUAGCAAACCGCCAACUAAGAAAGGAAACAAGAAGAAAUCUGAUGAUGGCUCUCGAACUUCUCCACGGCGUAAACAAGGGAACACGAAUUUCAGUCUAACGCAGAUGCCAUCUAAAGGUAUAGAUAUUCCCGAAUUAACAUAUUCGGUCAAAGAACGAAUAAAACGAUACGAAAGUUUUAAUAGAAAGAAUCCUGUUAUCAUUUUGACGAGGUCUCAAUCUGCAAAAGAUGUUGGACAGAAUUUGUGUUACAGUGAUUUGAAAACUAUGAAAGUUGUGCCGUUUAGCAAAUCUGAUUCCAGCCUGGAAACCAUGGCCAAAGCUGGUACCAGCGAAGAAAGAACAAAAAUUGAUACAUUACAUUUAAGUACAACUGUUCAUAAAUGGGAAGUCAGUAAAAUUAAAAGUCAGUUCGAAGCUAAAUAUAAAUCUGAAACAGAUGUUUCAAGAGAUUCUAGCGUAGAUAAACUCGGAGCUUCGAGUUCGAGUGAAGCCCCGCAACAAAAAGAAGUUUGUACUAUUUCAACUGUACAUAAAGAUGAUCCUGGCUCGAAAACAACCGAUAAUAUAAGUUUAAAUAAAACACAUAAUGCAACGGUUCCUAAAAUUCAACUUGAAGAUCUGUUUAAGGCAAAAUCCAAAUUAAAACCUGCCAGCUUUGUCUGUUCAAAUAAGGGUAGAAGAGAAAUAUUAGACACUAUUACAAAGACAGGUGAAGGAGCUGAAGAUGAAUCUGAUAUGAAAAAGAUAUCAAACGUCAAACCAGAUGAUGAAACUCCUACUCGGAAUAUAUCACAAUCUACUGUGCUUUCUAGGAAACUCCAAUAUGAAUCGCUAAUAUCGCGUAUGACGAAUCCAAGAAAAACGGAGGAAAAAGCAUUACAAAUGAAUAACAAUAAAUGUCCAAAAGACAAUAAUCUCCAGUCGAAACGUGUGUUUGAAAAAAGUUUGGGUAAAAGUAAAGAAAUCAAUAAAAAUCUCAUCGAAAAAGAAAGAAAAAAUAAACUGGACGUUAUAACUGUAGACGUAGUUGAGCAGGGGUUGAAAGCUUCAACCGAUUCACCUAUCACUAAAAGUAACACAAAGUAUUCAGAGAUAAAGUCUGGAAAGCACAGUAGUAGUUGCACUCCCUUUGAAGCUAGCUAUGAAACAGAACUUGCUAUAAUUAAAGCAUUUGAUGGUAUCGAUUUAGCAGAAGCUGAUUAUGAACUGCAAAACACGCUUCCUUAUGCGACUCUAAGUGAACAUGAAAAUCAAAAAUUAAUUCUCUCUCCCAGACCUAAUACAACUAUUGAUAAAGUAGUACUUUCAACUGCUAGCCUGAAUACAAUUGAACCCGAAAAGAAAGUUAUUUUCUCUAAGUCAUCUGAACUUCAACCUUCUACUAGUAGUACUGUGGAUAGCUAUAAAUCAGAAUUUUUCACUCCGCCUAGAGAGAAACGAGAAACUUAUAUUUCUAGUACCAAUAAUAAACCAGAAGCUUCUGUCGUUAGUAGCAGGUUUUCAGAAAUUUUUUACGAACAAGGAACACUUUUCUCCGUCUCACCUAUGUCUGAAUUUAAAACCCCUCCCACUAGUCCAAUCAUAUAUAAAACCCCACCUAACAUCUCACCUGAAUUUAGCAACAAAAAGAAAGUUUCUUCUCCUCUUGACUCAACACGAAGUGAAUAUAUAACUUUUUUGGAUGGUGCUGCUGCUUCUGCUUCUUCUUCUUCUCCUUUGGCGGUGAAGGAUGCUGCUUCUCCUCCCUGGUAUACUGCUAAAGCAGAAACUUCAUAUUCUACUAUUUUCGAAGAAAAUUUUAACAUGGUAUCAGAAGCUAACCCAUAUAUGCAUAGUUACGAAGAUUUUGUCUAUCAUAUUCGUGAAACAUCCGAAAAAACUGCUGCAUUGUCAAUUCAAAAUGAUUUAGAAUAUGCCGAACGCUUUUCUAAAAUAGCUUUAGUAGAUCCUACUUUUUCUUUAACAAUUCCUGAAUCAGUCCAACAAGAACAACAGCACAAUUUAGAUUAUGACAAAUAUUUCUUCAUAAAUGAAAGUACAGGUGCCGUUCGCAAAGGAAUAGGAAGACUUAAGCCACCGAAAUCAAAAUUCUUCUCUGAUAAACUCCUUGAAGAAUCUUUAGAGAUGUUUGCAGAAAAUAUGAAUAACGAAGAAGGUAACAAUAAAUUAAUAUGGUUGCUGAAUUCUGUGCUGGUAAUGAAUAUGGAAGAAAUUUUGUUGUCCAAUAAUUUUCUACAAGAUUUGAAAUUAUCACAAAUAAUAAGGAUGGCGCGGAGGAAUUUACUCAAAUUGGCAUUAAUCGAUUUUCCUCGUUAUUAUCGAAAAUCUAAUAAAGAAUUUAAUUUUCCAUUGUUUGAACUUUCACACGAAGAGACAGGUGUUAAGGAAUUUUUAGAAACUGUAAGCGAACAUUUGGUGCCUGUGAUAAAUGUUAUGAAAAUAUUUAUGAUCGGACUCUCAAUGUUUCAUUUAAAGGCUUUAAUUUUUUUGGAACAAGAUGAUGAAGAUGCUGACGAAUGCAUAUCAAACUUCAGGAAUAAUAUAGAAACAGCAGGAAUCCCAGAAGGAAUGCGUAGAACAGUGAGAAAAGAAGUCGAAAAUAUCAGUAAUUGCCUUAAUUCUGUCGUGGAAUUCAUUCAAAAUAUAAAUAUUCUGAGUUAUUGUUACGAUCCAAUUACAAUUCUAAAAGAUUGCAUCUCAGAAUAUCCAAUGGAAUUGGAGUUAUAAUUCAUGAUAUUAUAUGAAUUUAUCGUCAUAAGACUGCUGACAAAGUGAAGAACUUCAAAUAUUUUAAUUACUUAUUUAUUUUAACGUAUAAAAUUUCAAUGUAAAUUUUAAAAAUUGUUUGUUUCUAAAUGUAUAUAGUUUUCUUGUCAAAUAUCAGUUUUAACAAACGAAUUUUUUUCGUGCAAAUUGUAAAGUUUUUACCCAUUUCUUAAGACUAUGUAUUGAUAUUAAAACAGU